AUGGCAUCUGGGAAAGCAGACAUUGCAUUGGCAGAGAGGUCGCCGGAACCUCCGCCGCUUGGGGAUGACAAGCAUCCCGGCCUGGUUGUCGACCUGGUCCACGCUAGUGAAGCCGAAUAUACACCGGACCAGUACCGCCGGCUCGUGCGCAAGGUGGACUGGAUCAUCCUCCCGUUGAUGUGGAUUAUCUCUGGCACGCAGUACGCUGACAAGGCAUCAAUCUCGACCCAGGCCACAUUUGGCCUCGAGCAAGACACCCAUCUGGUGGGUCAACAAUACUCCUGGCUGACCUCGAUCUUCUACUUGGCUUUCCUGGUCAGCGAGGCCCCCGGUAAUUAUAUAUUGCAGCGUGUCAGUGUUGGCCCGACCGUGGCCGUGUCUAUGUUCCUGUGGGGCGUCAUCGUGUUGUGCAUCGCCUUCGCCACCAACUUUGCGGGUCUAGCAGUGUUGCGAUUCCUUGAAGGUGUCACUGAAUGCACCACCUACCCAGCCCUUCUGCUGAUCACAGCCACAUGGUAUACCAAGGAAGAACAUGCAAUGCGCUCCGUCAUCUGGGGUAGCGCUAACGCUGGGAUGGACGUAUUGACUAGCUUGGUUAACUACGGUAUUGGCCGCCGCGCUGAGACACAUCCAAAUGGAAUGGCUCCCUGGAAGGGCAUCUCCUUCUUUCUAGGGGCGUUGACCAUUGUACUUAGCGGCAUCGCCUAUCUUCUCCUAGGUACACCACGCGAGGUACGCUGGCUGUCCCCUGAGGAAAAGCGCAUGGCUGCGGCGCGGGUGGUGGCCAGUCAGACUGGCUCAGAUGCCCAGAAGCGCACUCUGGAUUGGAAGCAGGUGGCCAUCACGUUCCGCGACCCUCAGACCUACUUCUUCUUCUUCCUCGUCAUUGUCAAUUCCAUUCCCAAUGGAGGCACAACCGCUUUCGGAAACCUCGUGUAUGUCUCCUUUGGUUUUACGGCCCUGGAGACCAUCGUCAAGGGUAAGAUUCCACAACAGCUGCUAUCGAUCGCGUGGUUUUUGAUCGCUGGUUAUUUAACAUUGAAAAAACCGGAUAUCCGCUUCUAUAUCAUGAUUGCUUCCGUGAUUCCUGCCUUCUGCGGUAUGCUCGCACUGGCUCUGCUUCCUCACUCCUCGGGCCUGCUGUGGGCGCGCUGGGGCGUGUACUUCAUGACCAGUGUGGGCAAUCUGGCCGGUCCUUUGAUAUGGACUCUCUUGCCAUCCAACGUGGCAGGGCGGACGAAGAAGUCGGUUACAGGCACUGUGCUAUUCAUUGCCUACUGUGUAGGAAAUUGCGUCGGCGCCCAGGUCUUCCGAGCUAAGGAUGCGCCACGAUACAUUCCCGCGAUCGUAGUAUGCUCUACUAUGUACGGCCUGGAGAUAAUUUUGAUGAUCGCGUGGCGCACCUACUAUGUUUGGCAGAAUAAACGUCGCGCUUCACUGAUUGCCGCCAUGGCCAUGACUGUCCAGGAGUCAGCGCAUCAGGGCCGCCUAAAUGCAGAGUCAGACAUGACAGACUACGAGAACAUUCACUUUGUUUACAGUCUGUAGUGGGCGAAUUUGUGUGUUUACCAUUCGAG